AUGACUAUUUCGUCAGAACAAUUGCUUGCGAUCCUGCAACAACAGGAGAAACAAUUCGAAGCUGCACACAUAAAGUUGAUGGAGUCUGUGAUGCAAAAAUUCAGUUUGCAUUCGUCCGACCCAGAUUCUUCUAAGAACUUGUCUACAUCAGCGGACCCAACUGCGGCUUCUAUCACAGAAUUCAUUUAUGACCCCGACUUCAGCGUUACAUUCGACACUUGGUUCAAACGUUGGGAAGGCAUUUUCCGCGUGGAUUUUGCCAAUGCCGAUGAUGCAUGGAAGCGCCUAUCAGAGACUUUCGGCGAAAAGUCAUCAUUGUUCAAUAUUCGGUACCAGUGUCUCAAGCUGAUGAAAAACGAGGCAGAUGACUUCCUGACGCUCGCCAGCACUGUCAACCACGAGUGUGAACGGUUCAAGCUCCCAGAGUUGACCGAUGACCAAUUCAAGUGCCUCAUCUUUGUGAGCGCCUUGCAGUCACCUCGUGAUGCUGAAAUCUGGACCCGUCUGCUCUCAACAAUUGAACAGGACCCGAAGUCUACUUUGCAGACAUUGACGGCCGAGUGUCAGCGGCUAAAGAAUCUGAAGCAUGAUUCUGCGAUCAUCGAGAAACCCAGUUCUUCGUUUGCCGCCACCAAUGUGCACACUGUCACUCGGACCAAGUCGGUCUCGCCAAUAUCUCGGCCUAGGCAUGCGUUAUAA